CUUUGCGCCACAGGAGACGCGCGUGCUUUUUGAUCAGUAGAUUAAAAUAAAAAGUUUAGUUUAAAGCGUGAAAUCGUGCCAGAUUUUCGCCCUUUAUUCAAGGAAAACAAAUACAAGUGAAAUUUCGUAAAAUUACGCUGUAGAUCAGUAAUUUUCGCAGUUAAAAGUAGAAUACGCAAUUUCUUGGAAUAGUUCCGUUAGUUCGCCAUAUUCAUUCUCAACCUCCAUUCAUUUUUCGGCUGCUUUUGUGAAAAGUUGAUUUUUAACUCCCGAUUUCGGCGCAAUGGAUAGAGUGUGCGUAAGAUGCGGCCAAUCGGCCGGAUUGAUGUGCCAGCGAUGCAGGGAACAGUAUUGCAGCGUCGUUUGCCAGACGGAGGAUUGGCAGCGACACAAGCACUUCUGUAUCAUUAUGCCUCCCUUGGUGGCCUACCAAGAUAUCCGGAAAUCGUUGAAGGAGCAGCAGGCCAACAUUCCGGCCAAUCCUGUGACUCCUGCGAAAGCUGAGACGCCAGCCAAUAAGACCCAUUCUACGCCGGACGCCACUGGGGUGGUGCCCACUUUGCAGCCCAAGAACAAGGAGGAGCAACUCUCCACGAACUGGCGCCAGCCAAAGCUGCCUGUCGGCGAGGAGUUCUUCGAGUGUCGUGUGACCUCCAUGGAAAAGGAGGGUCCUUUUUGGGUACUUCUCUUAGCCAAUGUGGAGAGCAUGGAGCGCAUGCAACACAGCAUGCAGCGUCUUCUGCAAAAUGGUAAGCUGACUCUAGCCGAGAGCAUUCAGCUGGACUCUCUGGUGGUCAUUACGGCCGACAGUAAAGUUUACCGGGGUCAGGUCCUAGGCGUCGACAUCGCGACCGAGGAGGCUGAAGUUCGUCUGAUUGACUUCGGAUCCGUGCUACCAAUUCCCCUUCGGGAUAUCUAUGUCCCCGUUUCGAAGAUGGCCGAGCGCAAGGCCUAUGCCUUCCGUGUGAAACUGCCAACGAAUACCGGCGUGGAAGUAAACAAGAACAUAUCGCUUCGACUGUUGGGGACUCGCACCCAUGAGGGAAUUUACCAGGUACAGCUGAAGCCCAAAAUAACCACACCACUGGACCUGCCCGUGGAGAUCCUGAAACUCAAUCCGGAGGUCAAGGUGAUACAUAUAUUUGAUUGCAAUGCUCACCAGGACAAGGUGAAGCAGGUGGCCCUGCUGCAGAUCAACGUGUUGGAUCACAUUACUAAGGACUUGAAUGAUUGCCUGGCAGCAAAGUCGGGCCAGCCCUUCUCCGGUCCUUUUACGGAGGGGAAGUCCCCUUUCUUUGUGGCCUCUCGCUCUUCAAACGGCAGCUUUCGGCGAGCCUUCCUGCUGGACCUAAUCGAGAAGCCCGCUCCCAAGUUCCUGGUCUAUGAGAUGGACCAUGGUCGCGUCUCCAUUACCACCGAAUUGACUCGCAUUCCCAGCGAGGUACUGGGCAAGCCCAUGAGAGUUUUUGCUGUUCAGCUGGACGACGAUGUGCCCCAAUCGCUUCUACAUGAGCACACUGAUCUUGCAGUCAAGUUCAAUAGGGACAUCCUGUCGAGAGAGGAGACAACGCUGUGCAGCGCUAAUGCCUCCUUACUGUACAAGGGUGAGCAGAUUUGCGUGGCUCGCUUGAGUACAUUCAUGGGUCAGGUCUCCGAAUUGGGACACAAGUACUGGCGCGAGCCCAUUGCAGACGGCGCCUUCGUGUUUAUCAGCCACGUCAAAAGCUAUAAAGAAGUGUUCAUCAGCUCCAAGCAAAGCAAAGAGUACAUGGAAAUCUUCAAGAGCUUGGCAGCAAAGUGCGAGGCCUUCGAAGACUCCAGUGAGGUAGCAAUUGGUUCAAUCGUGCUGGUCGUUUCCCCAUGCUUGGGUUAUUUUCGUGGAGAGGUAUCUAGUGUUGUGGACGGUCUUUUCGAGGUGCAAAACGUCGAUACGGGCGCCAGCCACAGACUGAAGCUAUCGGAGCUUCGCAAGUCUUGCCGAUUCCUAGAAAAUCUGCCUUUGAGCCUUAUGCGCGUCAAGUUAAAUAUUAACUGGAGUAAACUAAAGGAAACUGUACCGGCAAAUAGCUCAGCCACCCACAUGCUGCAGGUUCUUUGCGCUCAGGAGGAGGAAUUAAGACUGCAGAUGGUCGAUAAGAACAACGCCACGGUGGACCUUUUGUUUAGCUCGGGUGAAGAGCGCUCGUUAGCGAAUCGAAUGAUGCAGAUUAUGUUUAUGCCAAUGCCGGGAAGCCCAAAAUCCGAUGAAGCACUAACGAAGACAACCCCAUCGGCACCGAUUGUGGCGGAUGUUUCAGCAGCAGCAUUGCCUCCAUCUCCUCCAAAAUCACCUGACCAGGUGAAGACCCAGCCCGUUAAGCGAUUCUAUUUCAAAGAUUUGGCCAAAAAGCUUGUUCCUUUGGGCGAUAAUGUCGGCAUCAUGACACUGGGUACACAGGAAUUGCGAAACUCUGGCUACAUCACCGCCGUCUGCUUCGAAUCGGAGUCUGAUGUCGAAAGCUUCCAGAGUUUAUUGAAUUUGGUGGCCAGUCAUGGUGAAUGCACCCACAAUGCGGUCGUCAACUAUGUGCCUUGCAUUGGCGAAGUAUGCGCAGCUCGCUUUUCUGAGGACAAUGUAUGGUAUCGCGGGGUUUGCCAAGAUAUAAAGAACGGCUCAGCUUUGAUAUUCUAUUUCGACUUUGGCAAUACGGAAUACGUGGACUUUAAAGAUCUAAAGCCGGUGAACAGCAACCUAAUGCACGUCAUCUACGCCACCAAGUGCUAUAUAGAUGGCUUUGACAAAACUAUAAACUAUGAGGCUUUAGAGGAGUACCUCUCCAGCCAUCCCAACUUUUCUUGCUCUGUUAUGGAUGGUCUGGAGACCGAUACGCGCCUUAUAAGGAUUCCAAAUAUCUAGAAAAUUCUGAAACUAUAAGUCUAAUCCAGUUAGGACUUUGUCUUUCUAAGCGCAUCGUACUUUAUUUCUUAGUUUAAAGCUAAUAACGUUGGAUGUACUUCACAGGAAGUGAGUACUUCCGACAAUUUGAUGAAAAUCAUAUUUUUGUUCUGUUUAAGCGUUCACUAAGACGAUUCUUGCCGGUUCCAAGGAGAUCAUUUAAUGUUUUUGUUUCAAUUAUUUUUUUUAAACAAUACACGACAAUUAAGUUCUUUUAUUAAAAUAUUAGAAUGAGUCGAUCAACGCAAGAAGCGUUAUUACUUUUGUA